AUGCAGCCCGCAUACCGUGGCUUUCCCCAGAGGUCUCCUCAUGCAGCCGCGCAACCAAAUUCGCGGCGUGGCCCAAUGGUGGGACCCCAUCCUCAGAAUCAAUUGACAGCCGCCCAAAUGCAGGCUCAACAAGCUGCCCAGAACCAGGCCAGCGAUCGCGCGAAGCUGCGCAGUCGCAAGCCAACGGAUAAGAAUAUGCCGGAUGGUGUUGAGGAGUGUAUUAUCGGGGAUGGGGUUCAGCGCUAUAGAGACCUCAGGGAGAUUGAGCGGAGGCUGGAUGCUACGAUGACGAGGAAACGGCUGGAUCUACAGGAUUCUGUGAACAGAAAUGUCAAGCGUUACAGGACUUUACGGAUUUGGGUCAGCAAUACGGUGGAAGACCAGCUGUGGCAGGCGGACACUCUUGAUGUGGAUGCCUUUGAUUUCAGCACAAACGUGGACUCUUUAUACCGAGUGAAGAUCGAAGGACGACUAUUGGACGCCGAUGAUGAGUAUCUGGACAGUGACGACAGUGAUGAUGAGGACGGAGACACAGAAAUGGCGGAAGAUGGCCAAGAGAAGAAGAAAAAGGACAAGGCACCUACCAAGAAAUACAAGUUAUCGCACUUCUUCAAGGCUAUGACAGUAGACUUUGACAACCGGAACAAAGCAAAAGAUGGCGCAGAUCAGAGUGUUGAAUGGAAGAAGCCUGUUGUGGCUGCCAAUUCCGCCAAUCUUCCAAACGCCGCCGAUUUCGACCAACUGGAGUUCAAGCGGGGCGGCGACGAAAACACAAACAUCACCAUCAACCUCGUUCGCGAUGAGAAUCCCGAGCGGUACACCGUAAGCCCAGCACUGGCUGACAUUUUAGAUGCCCAGGAGGCAACGAGAGCAGAAGCGGUGAUGGGAAUUUAUGAAUAUAUAAAAGCAAACGGUCUGCAAGAAGAUGAUGAGAAGCGCUCAUUUGACUGCGAUGACCGGCUCAAAGCCGUAUGGAAACAUUUCCUCAUACAAGUAUAUCGUGAUGGCCAAGUUAACAAAUACGACUCGCAGGUUCUUCAACGCGAGAAAGGCUACAUCCCCUAUCUGCCUGAUGUGGUCAUGCAACACAUGACUUCUCUCGAGCCCGUUAAACUCCCUUACACCAUCCGGGUCGACAAAGAAUUCCAUGAGAACCCGCAGCCGACGAUUUAUGAUGUUCAGGUCUUGGUCGAUGAUCCGCUGCGGGCGGCACUUAUGUCUUACCUGCAGAAUCCUACGUACGCCCAGAACCUCCUCGAUAUCGCAGACCUCAAUGACCGCGUUGCAGUCUUGAUUCAGAAGAUCGGGAACUCGAAAUCUAAGCAAGGCUUCUUUGACGCCCUAUCGAAGAACCCCACCGAAUUUAUUGCCAGGUGGCUGAGUUCUCAAAAGAGGGACUUGGAUAUCAUCUCAGGAGAGGCUGCGAGGGGGAUUAGUGAGGAUGCCAAGGGUGAUGAGUGGAGACGUGGUGGGAAGGAUGGCAUUUGGGGGAGCGAGAAUGUCAGGGAGAGCGUAAACUUGAUUGUUGGGGCUAAGAACCAGCCUGUGUUGGCUCCUCGGUAA